UUGCUUUCAACUGGGGAGCGGGUGUUAAGCGUUAAGACAUAUAGCAGUUUGGGUUGGGCUCUAGUCUUCUUUUGGUAAUAGUUUACACCCGCCGCCCGGUAACCCGGUUACACAACUCCACCGUGCCGUCUACUUCUCUGAAGCUCCGACCACCGCGAGAUGCCCCCAUCGCCAAAACCAAUCGCAAUUAUAGGAGUAGUCUCAGUUGUCCUAUGUUCUCUCUACGUUAUAUCCAAUAAACGCCGUGCUACGUCUCAUUCGAGAGGCAAAACCCUAACCAAGAACAAGCUUAAGAGAAAUGGAAUCGUCGGUGCGAUUGGCAACACCCCUCUCAUUCGGAUUACUAGCCUCUCCGAUGCGACUGGAUGUGAAAUUCUUGCGAAAGCAGAGUUUUUGAAUCCUGGAGGAAGUGUUAAAGACAGAGUCGCUGUUAAAAUAAUUGAAGAGGCCUUAGAAUCUGGACAACUAUCCAUAGGCGGUGUAGUUACAGAGGGAAGUGCCGGAAGCACUGCAAUUAGUCUUGCAACAGUUGCUCCUGCUUAUGGAUGCAAAUGUCAUGUAGUUAUCCCAGAUGAUGCUGCGAUGGAGAAGUCUAAAAUACUAGAGGCCCUUGGGGCAACAGUUGAAAGGGUUAGGCCAGUGUCAAUAACUCACAAAGAUCACUAUGUGAAUAUUGCAAGGAGAAGGGCAUGUGAAGCAAAUAAGGUAGCAGUGAAUGGAUAUAAAGGUGGAUUCUUUGCAGAUCAAUUUGAGAACCUGGCAAACUACAGAGCGCAUUAUGAAGGAACCGGGCCUGAGAUAUGGGAGCAGACUGGUGGCAAGUUACAUGCUUUUGUUGCAGCUGCAGGGACAGGUGGCACUGUGGCUGGUGUUUCUUGCUUUUUAAAGGAAAAUGAUCCAGGGAUAAAGUGUUAUCUUGUGGAUCCUCCUGGUUCUGGUUUGUUUAACAAAGUUACAAGAGGAGUGAUGUAUACAAGAGAAGAGGCUGAAGGGAAGAGGUUAAAGAACCCAUUUGAUACUGUGACUGAAGGAAUAGGGAUCAACAGAUUGACUGAGAAUUUCAAAAUGGCUCAACUUGAUGGAGCUUUCAGGGGUACUGAUAUUGAGGCUGUGGAAAUGUCAAGAUUCCUUUUGAAGAAUGAUGGACUAUUUAUUGGAAGUUCUUCAGCAAUGAACUGUGUUGGAGCUGUGAGAGUGGCUAAAUUGUUGGGUCCUGGUCAUACGAUUGUAACGAUUUUGUGCGAUAGUGGGAUGAGGCAUUUAAGCAAGUUUUGUAACCCAGAGUACCUCUCUCAACAUGGCUUGACACCUUCUGCAAAAGGAUUAGAAUUUCUUGAUUGUGAAUGAAUAUAUUUCACUAAAAUCCAUACACAUUGUUAAGCACUGAAUUUCACAACAUGUACACUCAGCCAUACACCAUUCAGUAGGCAAUGACCAACAUACAUUCAGGAGUAGCUUUUGUUUCUUA